UACUCGAUAAAACUCCAACUCACUAUCCAAGGGUACUCAGGGAGGCAAUUGAAAUUCAAAGACACGGGGCUCACAGCAAUGGGUCCGAUUCUCCCGCAAUUUCCAGUCUAUGGCAAAGAACUUGGAAUAUCAACAAUAGUCAUGGGUACAGUAACAGGAAUUCUACCCAUCGUCUUUCUGUUCGCAAAACCAGCAUUUGGACUUUUGGUUGAUGUUUACAGAGCAUACAGAAAAACAAUCUUCAUGGGCAUUAUAGUUGCUACGGUUUUUUGUUUCGCUCUCAUGAUUUUAGUGCCCCCAGAACCAAAAGUCGAAAUAAACAUUAGAAGAUCUGAUAACAUCACUUUGGACAGCUGUUAUGAAACGGAAGAAUUGAGAACACAAGACUGUAAUGGCAACAUAUCAAAAGUGAUAUGUACUUCGGAAUGCUUGCAAACACCAAAAACUUUCCUCCUAAAAUCCUUGAAGUCUCCAAAUUCUACUGAAAAGUUUUUACUCUGCUAUCUGCAGAAUGAAAGCGAACACAAACAAGAUAGAAUUUUUGCCUGCGACAUGAAAUGCACAGAAGACCUUGAGAAUAAUAAUGGAUGUCUAUACAAGUCACUGACGUUUUGGAGCUUUGUUAUUCUCAUGUCUUUGGGAUCGAUUGGUUUCAAUGUUGUCAACUCUAUUAGCGACGCCAUUUGUUUCGAUGUCAUUGGUGAACAAUAUGAUUACGGGCACCAGCGAGUUUGGGGUACGAUAGGCUUUGGAAUUUCCGCACUGAUAGCUGGUUACGCUGUUGAUGUUUUCUCUGGGACUUCAAUCACAUAUAAACCGGCAGUGGUUGUGAUGUUAUUCUGUUUCUUAUUAGACUUCCUUGCUUGUGUCAAGUUGCAGCUACCAAUUAUGGAAGCUCCUGAAAAUAUUUUCAAAGAUCUUCGACGGUUGAUGAACAACAGGAAUGUCCUUACUUUCAUGAUAUUUGCAGUAUGUGCUGGGAUUGUGGAUAGUUUCAUUAUAUAUUACUUAUUCUGGUAUUUAGAAGACUUAGCAGAAACCACCCACACAACAAAUAUAAAAUUACUGGAAGGUUUGAUAGUAGCUGCCGAAACUUUAGGAGGAGAAGUGAUAUUCUUCUCGAUAUCAGGUAAGAUCUUGGAGCGAUUCGGACACGUCCACUGCUUCAGCAUGUGUUUUAUCAACUACGCUCUCCGCCUUGGUCUCAUUUCCAUAGCGCCGUCACCAUGGUGGAUACUCCCCAUUGAGUUCGUGUUCCAGGGACCUACCUACGCAUUGACUUACACCACAAUCGUUGCUUAUGCCAACGAAUUGUCACCUCCUGGUGCUUCCGCCACGAUGCAAGGAAUUGCGGCAGGAAUGGAUGAUGGCUUUGGUUAUGCUGUGGGUAGUUUCAUCGGAGGAGUUCUAUAUAAGUACCAAGGAGGAAGAAAUGCUCUGCAAGUAUUCUGUGCCUUCGGGGUUCUGUGCAGCGUGAUACAUCUAAUACUACACAAAACUCUCUUGAAGAAAUCUGAAGAACCAACUUCCAAUGGCCAGAUACAAUAUAACACUCCGAAGGAAGCCAUCAAAAUGACACUCCAUAAUGUCACUUAAUUGUUGUUAUACUAAUCAUGGUUGUGACUAUGUGUAUGCUUAUGAAUAAACGUAUUUCUUAUUUUUUUCA